AUGUCCGGCUACUACGACAACAACAACCAGUACCAGCAGGGUGGUUACGGCGGCCAGCAGCAAGGCUACGGCCAGCAGGGCGGCUACCCCCAGCAAGGUUACGGCCAGCAACAGCAGGGCUACGCUCCUCAGGGUGGUGAAUACUACAACCAGCAGCAGGGCCAAGGCUACGGCCAGCAGCAAGGUGGUUCUGGCGACUACUACGCCCAGCAGGGCCAGGGCCAGCAGCACUAUGGUGGCGAGCAACAGCAGUAUGGCCAGCAAGAUGCCUCCCGACAGGGUUACUACGGCGAGCAACAGCAACAGGGUGCCCCCGGUGAAGCCCAAGAGGGUGAGCGUGGUCUAGCCGGUGCCCUCGCCGGUGGUGCCGCUGGUGGUUUCGCCGGUCACAAGGCCAACCACGGUUUCCUCGGUACUAUCGGUGGUGCCAUCAUCGGUAGCAUUGCAGAGGAUGCCAUGAAGAAGCACAAGAACAACCGCGAUGACCAGGGUCCUCCCCAGGGCGGCCCAUACGGUGGCCCCCCUCAGCAGGGUAGUGGUAGUGGCAUGAUGGACCAGCUCGGUGGCUACUUCAAGCGCUAA